AUGGCUGGAAAAAUCCAUUGCUUGAUCAUUACUGGCAUUCUGUUGCUGACCAUGUGGUGCGUAUUCCACAACGGUGCGGACUUGAGCGGCUGUAGUACGACAAGUACGGUUCAACGGAUGCAGCAGCAACCGUCGCAUGCUUGGCAAGGAUGCUUGCGACUCGACAAACCACCUCUGAAACACGGCAAUAAGGACAACGAGCACCCAGACAAAGAAGGAGAACAGUAUCGCUACUUCUUGCACAUCACUGAUAUGCACGUGGAUCUGGGCUACACACCUGGAACUACGGUGAAGUCCGCAUGUCAUCGAAAGCGAGGCGAAACAUUCCAACAGGAACAGCUACAAGAAACCCUUACAACAACAAGGCCAAGAAAACACCAUCGCGUUGGACGGCUUGGCGCCCCAUUCGAACACUGCGAUGCGCCUCUUGAACUGGCACAGCAGACGAUCGACUGGGUUGCACGACAUUGGAAAGACAAGCUUGAUUUCGUCAUUUGGACAGGUGACAACUCGAGACACGAUUGGGAUCGGAAAGAAAGCCGACGGCGGAACCAAAUCCUCCAACUCAACCAGAAAGUGACCAGCCUCAUAGCCGAGAGCUUGCCAAACACCCCCAUCAUUCCAUGUCUGGGCAACAACGACGUCUAUCCACACAACCGUAUCGUUGAUUACGACGAGAUCCUGCCGUUCUUUGAAAACUUGUGGCGAUCUUGGAUCCCCAAAUCGGAACGCAACAAAUUCCUGCAAGGCGGUUAUUUCAUCACCGACAUCGGAAAAAACAUCCGCGUGGUCUCGCUCAACACCAUGUUUUUCAUCAAAAAGAACAAGUCAGUCAAGAGUUGUCGCAAGAACAAUGGUCCUGCCAAAGACCACAUACAUUGGCUCGAACAAACGCUUGCCCAAGCUGAAAAGGAUCACAAGCGCGUAUUGAUCAUGGGCCAUGUACCUCCCUCGCCUCGCGACUACCGGAAUUCUUGUUUUACCGAGUACUUGCGUAUCUCUGCCGACUACGGUCAUGUCAUUGCCGGUCAUUUCUACGGCCAUUUGAACAUGGAUCAUUUCUUGCUCUAUGACAGUCAACAGUUCAUCGGCAACAGCAAGAAAUCAUCUCCAGCAACCACAUUACUAGAAGCUGACGAUGACGAUGGCCAGUUGAUCCAUGUCACAAGGAACAUUGAGCGAUACGUCGACUGGCUCCGAGGCAUGUAUCAGUCCAUUGAAGCCCCCAAAGACACUGAAGAAGAAGAAGAUGAAGACACAACGCCGUCUCCAGGAGAUAGUGACAACAACCUUGUGGCAAUCCAGGUGUCGCCGUCUGUGCUACCGGUCUACUAUCCAACUGUGCGCAUUUAUCGUUACACCGAUUCAUUUCAAAGUGGCAACUUGCUUGGUUAUAGUCAAUAUUAUGCAAACAUCACCCGGUGGGAGCUUGAACAUCCGCCCGAGGAUCCUUUGGAAUAUGAACUCGAGUACACGACCGAAAAUGAUUACGACUUGGACAACUUGUCUCCUAAAAGCUUGUUCAAGUUUGCAAAAUACAUGAUUGAAGGUGAUAGCGAUAAUAUGUGGAAUGCUUACACCCGCAACAUGUUCGUUCGAACGCAAAACGAAACGUUCCCAAUCGACGACGACGACGACGACGAUGACGAUGAUGACUACUAA